GGCGCUCUGCAAAUUUUCUGGGAAAGUUUCAUUUCUUUCACAAAAUCAUAGUUAGGAACUUCAAAAUUGAGCGGAGCGACUGAUUAUCAGAAGAGCGAGAAACCCCUGUUCUUGAGCGGAUGAUUGCAAUCUCUCUAGCUCGCUCUGCAUUUUCCGGCCCCAAUUCUUCACAGCCCUUUUUCCGGCUAUCACGACAUAGUCGGUCCUGGAGCUCCUAUGGUCUUAAUUCUGCUCUAGCUGGGAAAGGGAUUUUGGUUCAGGACCAGGCUUUUCUAAAUUUGAAGUCCACUGAACUAUUCCAAAAGGGUGCAACUCUUGCAGAACCCUUAUCAGGGCUUCCCAUUCAUGUUAGGGGCCAUGCACUUCGAGGGUCUUCAGAAAUAUCCAAGCCACAAUUCACUAAACUUUUAAAGCAGGUAACGAGUCACAUUUCUUCCAUCUCAAAUAUUUAUGUUCAUGAUGGUGCAAUUGGAUCAAGAUCAAAAUGUAAUGUGAAAAUUCGAAUGAUAAGUGAUGGUCCUUCUUCAAUAUUAGCAUUUUCAAAUAUUGUAUGGGAGACUACAACCCGGGCAAUUUCUCACGAUUCUUGUCCUCUGACAGUUUAUGCUGCUGAAUCUAUAAGCCCAGGGGUGGGAAAUACAAUUGGUCUUGGAGCUGGAGGAGAUAAUGGAUUCAUAGCUGCUGAUAUUGAGCGUUCAAUGCUGAUAUUAUGUGGAAAAGCUUUCUCAGAUACAAAUGGAACUAAAGAAACACUUGUUGCUUUAUCCGAACCUGUGAUAUUUGCACGCGGAGGACUUCCUCUUCCUGCAAGGCUUUUAGUUUCUGGUGAUUCUGUGGUUUUGUUGUUCGCCCCUGAAGACGUUAUUCAGAACUGUGCUGCUUUUCUGGUAUCUAAAGAUGCUGGUGUUGUUCUUUCCUCCGAAGGUGUCAUGCCAUUUUUCCGAAUAGGGAAUACGAAUACCAAUGGCCCACAUAUCUUCAAAUCACCUUCAGCUAUUGUUCUUGUAACUUCUGAUGACUCUAGAACUAUUCCUUCUGCUUCAAAGCUUUCUCCUGGUCAGGCUGCGUAUCACUUUUUGGCUGGGCAUCAGAAUGGUAAAUUUGUGGCAGCAUUCCACAAAGGCCCCUCAUCUAUUGACCCAUUGGAACUGGGCAAGGCUUUACUGUGCAUGUUAAAAGAGCAGCAAAUCCCAUCCUUUCUAGUCAAUGCCAAAGGAAUAGAAAGUGCAGGAAAGGAUAUUGUCACUCUAGUGGAGUCAGCUCUAUCCAUGAACAUCCCACCCUUUCAAACUGAAGGUGGUGAACUUAAGAGAAGGUACAAAAGCUUUGUAAGUGAAAAAUAUCAACAAUUGCCUGAGGAUUUUUCCUUCUGAAGGUGACCAUCGCAUUCCUUUCAUGUAGUUUAUAGUAUUCAAUUUGUUAGUGGCAAGCAAUUGGGUAGCGUUUAGAAUACGUGUCAUUUUCGAUGUAGGUAGUUAUUGUUCACAAAUAGGCAUUGGAUUUUCUCGAUACAUCAAUUCAUACUCUAACAGUAUGUAGUUCAAUAAGAAAGUGAUGAAUGAGAGUAAGUGAUGAGUGAGAGUAGCUAGAUUAUUAAAA